UUAUAAUUGUAUCGUGUAGUUUUGGUUCAAGUUUUUCACAAUGACAAAGUAGCCUCAUCUACGCUCGCGACAUUUUCGAUGACCGCGAAAAUCUUUGACGUUCUUUUUAAAGUCGCUACAUUAUAAAAUAUUUCAUAUUUCUUGAAACACGUACAUCUUUGAAGGGCUGCUACAUUUGGCAAGGCUAAAUGAAGGAUGAGCACGGGAACAACGACACAAUCAAGUUUACUUCUGGAAAACCAGAGUGUAAAACAAGAUGCCUCUCAGUCAGCUCUUCACUACCUUUUCCAGGAAGUGUCCAAGAUAACCUCUCCAAUCCACAACAGUUUUAUGGAAACAGAAUCUAUUGGCAAAAAAUAUGUCUCAUGUCAUGAAAGCGUCCCUCACAUACCCCUCUCUGCUGUGGUGAAGAAUGUUCAAAGCCCCUUAAAGGUGCUGAGUCUCAUUAAUCUACAAUGUGAGAGGCUCCUAGACCAAAGUGAAGACCAUGAAGUCGGCCACAGCUCUCUACUGUUUUUGUCCGAUUUUGGCUGUUCUAAGCCAGCAGAGGAAUCUCAGGACACUGCACAACCCUUAAACUAUAACUCUGUCAGAAAAUCUGACAUUCACCUUAAAAAAGACUGCAGGCCAGAAGAUUGUGAGACUAUAAAAUCUCAUCUGGGGUUCCCUGUUAAAGCAGAGGGAGUAGAAAGCACAGCGGACACGCCUCAGACACCAGAGCUCAGGUUCAGUGUUGGUCUGGACCUGAGCAGUGACUGGACAAAGGAGUGCCUCUCCAUACACCACACGUUUUAUGACUUUUUACCAGAGCCUCCUCCUCCUAAAGCCCUCUACACUGACAAUCUGACCUUCAGCCCAAAUGAAGAGAACUGUGCUGCAGAGACAUUACUGCCCCUUGAUCACAAUGCCAACAUUUGUUUGAAUUCAGAUGAACUUCCUAAUGACCCUCUACACUCAGCUGACACUCAGUUUUACUCUCAGGUUUGCAGUUCACUUGAACAGCAACCACCACAUAUUAAAGUGAACACUGCCUCCAUGUGUGAGGACUCCACAGAGAAGGUCCCAGCACCUCAUCCUGUGGAACAAGGUGACAAAACCUCUGCUGAGCUUACAUCUGUAGAAACACGCACUGGUACAGAGUGUGAGGAUCAGUGCACUCUCUGGAGGUCAAAAAGGAGGAAACAGUCUCGGCCCAGUCGGAGCGCCUCUGUGCUGGACCCCGACUUCCAGGGUGUCACAUUUCGGAUGGACACGGAGCUGGAUGACACCAGGGAGCAGUGCCGACUCCGCAUCACAUCACAAUACAGCACAGAUCUCCCCAAGAGUGUAAAGAGGACAAGGGUAAGAACAAGAAUGUCCCAGAAGUCUCUUAAGACCAGCUCUGAGGACAGUGACUCAGCGUCUAGUGAAGCCAAAGACAAAGUGUGUGCAUCCUGCUGCACAAAGAAAACCCCCAUGUGGAGAGACGCCGAAGACGGUACCCCACUCUGCAAUGCCUGUGGGAUAAGGUAUAAGAAGUACAGAGUGCGCUGCAUAAACUGCUGGAAUAUCCCAAAGAAAGAUGGUAACUCUGUCUCACGCUGCAGCAAAUGUGGGCACUUUGUGAGGCUGACCUCUGCACAGAGGAGACCCACUAUCUGACAGACUACUCUAUUUAUUCAACUGUUAAAAUACUUAUUAAUACUACCGACUAUAUGCCAUGAACAGUAAUUAUUACUUUAACAUGUAUCUAGUCUAAUAAAAUGUUUUAUUGAAUAGAAACAUUGUAAAAGGGAAAAAAAUUUAAAUCAGUUUCUCACAAUAUCUCACGAAUGGUAAUGUUUUGUAAAUGUGGUGACAAAAAACUCGAUCCUGUACCUCUGGGGUUCAGUGAUUCUGUUCUAUUAUAAAUGUAUAAGUUAUUGUUUUUUCUUUUGACUGAAGUUGGAUAUUUGCAUUGCAUGAUGUUGAAACCUUGUUUUGGUUUGUGUAAUUGUGAAUUAAUUUGUCUAUUCUGAAGAUGCAUGUAGCUUGUUGCAUGUUUUUCAAAUUAAAUAUUUCUCUCAUUUCA